UCCCAGUUCGGUUUCAGUUACCACAAACAUCCGUCGGCGUCGGCGUCCCGGGCCCCAGGCAGCCCCCGCACGCACGCGCUGCGCUUCACUUGACGAGUCGUGCCCAUUGCUUCGGAUCGUGCGCGCGUGUCGCGUGUCCGUCACUCGGAAUGGCUCUCCGCGCACCAUGAGGCUGUGCAUCGGCCUGGUCAAGGGCGCCAAGGGCCUGGCCCUGCUGUGCUGCGUCGUCGUGCUGCUCCAGUUGGCCCGGGCGGUGGACGCCGAGGAGCACGCUGUCGACGACGCCCAGGACGCCGCCGUUGAGGAGCACGUUGGCAGCCACCAGGACGCCACCGCCGUGGACGCUCUGGACGAUGUCGACCCUGCCAACGAUGCCGAUAACGCCGUCGACGCCAACGAUGUAGACUCGCUCGGCGAGGAGGACGCCGACGACAACCCUAUAGGGGCUCAGCAAGCCGCCGACGCCCAGGACCAGGACGCCGCCGACGACAACCCUCAGGCAGCCGCGGCUGAAGACGCCCAGGACGCCGCCGACACCUCUCCAGCACCGGACACCGCCACCACGCCGUCGCCGGCCGCGCUCAGCACCCCGGCGUCGGUGUCCUCGGAGCCGCGGGAGCCGGCGUCCAACCGGUCGGUGGCCGCGUGGUUCCGCGUGGGCGUGGAGGCGUACCUCAGCGAGGACUGGAAGACGUGCGCCACGGCGCUGGAGAACGCCAUCCUGGAGUGGCAGUACUUCCUGCGCGCCAACAUCGACUGUCGGCUCAAGUGCGGCCAGGAGGCGCGCCGGCAGCCGCCGCUCUUCGACAAGGACAUCGAGCACCUGCAGCACGCCGAGGAGCUGCUGCGCACCACGCUGUGCAUCAUGAAGUGCAAGCGGCGCGCCUUCCACGGCCGCGUCACCACGGACACCAUCGCCGCCUCGGACCAGAAGGCGUUCCGCGACCUCAAGGCGUACGAGUACCUGCAGCUCUGCUACUACCAGUCAUUGCAGUUUCAAAAGGCUGCAUCGGCUGUGUUCACUAUUAUUUCUCACGACCCGAGCAAUGACAUAAUGAGGCAGAACCUUCAAUACUAUCUGUCAAUGCCAGAGGUGGAUGCAAAUAAGCUUGAAAAUUACGAAUCAGAGCCAUACGUUCCACUAUAUCUUGCGGGUACAGAUGCUUACUUCUCAGAAAAUUAUGAAUCUGCAGUAUCAAAUCUGGAGGAAUCACUACAUGAAUUUUUGAAUGCCGUUGAUCGAUGUCGAGCUGAUUGUGAGGGGCCUUUUGAUCAAGGGUGGUUACCAGAUUUUACCCCAUCAAUCACAAACCACUAUGUUUAUUGCCUGAAGUGCAAAACUAAGUGCCACUCCAAGUUAAGUCAAAUGAAUGGAGAAAGAUACGAUGACUUUCUGCCGCUACACUACAAUUACCUUCAGUUUUCUUACUUCAAACUUGGGCGCUUAAAGGACGCUUGUGAAGCUGCUGCUACAUAUCUCAUGUUCCUCCCAGCAGAUGAAAUGAUGUUAGAAAACAUUGCGUACUACAAAGCAUUGCCAAAAUUUAAAACCAGUAUGUUGCAGCCUCGCACUGAGGCUGUUGAUUACAUCCACAGACAGACUUAUGAGGAUGCGUUGUUGAAAUUUGUAGCAGAUGAAUUUAUAUUUCCGGACUUGGAAGAGAAAGAUAUACCUCCAUCAAAUGAGAUUCGCGAGAUAGGGAAAAAGCCCCCACGGAAACAAACAGAUCCACUCCAUUCAGCAUUUAGUGAACAAAACAUUUCUUUAGAAAAUAUCUCGGAAUAUAAAGCCCAACAGAAUUUACUUCAGGAAGUCAAGGGUAAUAACACUAAACCAAACAUCUACCCUGCAGCCAGUGACAUGACAUCAAACUUGGAUGAAUACUUAUUGAGCCAGGUAAAAUCCCAAGAGCUGGAAAGAUUAAAGAAGUCGUCCAGAAGACCCCUCUUUAAUUUUCAAAGAGAAAGUGACUUAGGAGGCAAGAAGCGUUUUGUAGUUGAUGGUCUUGCCAAUGAAUUAGAAUGCAAGCAGCUUGUGCAGUUUGCAAAAGUGAAUGGCGUGAGAGGCGAUGGAUAUGAUGGUAACAAAACCCCUCAUUCACCACUUGAAAUAUUUGAAGGAAUUACAUUAGGCCAGGCUGCUUUGAUGGUAAACUUUGGCUUGAUCGAACUUUCAACUCUAAAACUUUUUCUGAGCCUGAGUGAAAGAGGUAAAAAUUCAAUUGCUACCUACUUCAACAUCUCUAACAGCGAUCUGCAUUUUAGUUUCACUCAUCUUGUUUGUCGCUCUUCUGUGCCUGGGAAAUCAGUGAAUGGUUCAGCAUUAAGUCACAAGAUUCAUGCUGACAAUUGUUGGUUUCCGAAAGAAGGAAGAUGUGUAAAAACGUAUCCUGCAUAUUACUGGAGGGAUUAUAGCGCUCUACUGUACUUAAAUGAUGACUUUGAUGGUGGGGAAUUCAUAUUCAGCGCUGAUCCGUUAGGAAAAUUAAUCCAAAGCUCCAUCAAACCCAAUUGUGGUCGGCUAGUGGGGUUUUCAGCAGGACAUGAAAACUUACAUGGUGUUCAAGGAGUGAAAAGAGGCACUCGUUGUGCUCUGGCUCUUUGGUUCACCCAGGACUCAACUCGAUCAGAGUGGGGUCGGAUAUUGACAAACAGAUGAUUCAUUUUUUAGAAGCUGGAGAAAAUCCGAGUGAAAUGCUGAUUUCAGAACUUGAAAAUUUAGUGCAAUUUGACUUGGAGGAGGCAGAAAGAAGAUGUUCCAAGCUGGUAGUGCUGAUUGUAUUAAGGAUAAAAAUUUCAAAGAAGAUGAAAGAAAAUCUGUGUCGCUAAUGAAGGGCAAUCACAGUCAACACUAAUUUGUUCACUAUUAGAGAAAGUAGCUCACACUCCAUCAAAAGUUUACAAAAUUAUAGAAAACAUUUUAAAGAAGGAAUGACGAUAGAAAAUGACAGCAGUAGAAAAAUUAUCAAUACCAUUCAUGAUUUCACUUGAUUCAGGCAUUGUUGGGGCUGGCCUUAAGAUGCAGCAAGUG